GCGCAUGCGCCGUCGCAGCCGCGGCCGCCCGUCCUCCGCCCCCCCCCCUCCCAUGCGAGCCCGAUGCCGUUGCCUGCUCGCCCCUCGCUCCCAUGGCACUGAAGCGGAUACAGAAAGAGCUAAGUGAUCUGCAGCGAGACCCCCCAGCCCACUGCUCUGCUGGACCUGUUGGAGAUGACUUGUUUCACUGGCAAGCGACAAUUAUGGGACCUCCUGAUAGUGCAUAUCAAGGGGGAGUUUUUUUCCUCACAGUACACUUCCCAACAGACUAUCCUUUCAAGCCACCAAAGAUUGCUUUUACAACAAAAAUAUACCACCCAAAUAUAAACAGUAAUGGGAGUAUUUGUCUUGAUAUCCUGAGGUCACAGUGGUCACCAGCUCUGACUGUAUCUAAAGUUUUAUUGUCCAUAUGCUCCUUACUCUGCGAUCCUAAUCCUGAUGAUCCUUUAGUACCAGAUAUUGCACAGAUCUACAAGUCAGACAAGGAAAAGUACAACAGACAAGCAAGAGAAUGGACUCAGAAAUAUGCAAUGUAGACUUGUGAAGACUUCCUCAAAUACCACAAGUACUGUAAACUCAAAAGCAGCCAGAGCACAGUUCCUGUUCCAGUGUGUCAUAAUGUCCCUUGAAAUUGUUUUCACCCAUGUAAGUGUGUUUCUGGAGCAAGGGCGAAUAAACUUCUGAAAAAUAACCUUUUGACUGUGAUGAGAAUAUUGAUUCUCUUUCUGUGCUUUGCAGAAGACAUUUAUUAUGGUUUUUAGGAGUUGGACACAUGCAUCUUCAGACUACAAGACCCAUAAUGCAGUUGUAAAGCAACCAAAAUAUUUUUUGCUGGAAAAAAGUAGUUUGUUUUUAUGUGAUGAAUACUGUAUGUGUGUCCUUUGAAGUAUGUUGUCUGUUUCAUAAGUGUGUUCAGAUUUCAUUUUGUUAGUUCACUUACCUAAUUUGUUUGGUUGUUGUUUUUUAUUUUAUGGUAUAGACUAAAUAUUUUAUUUACCACAUAAGUCAUUUCAUGUUAGACUGACUUCCUUGUGCACAGUAUUGACAAGAUACAACUGCUAGUGAUGAAAAUAAUUGGAGUAUCCCACCCAACAGGAUAUUCUAAAGACUGACUGCAGAUUUCUUAAAACCUAAAAUAAUCUUUGCACUGUAUUUCUUUGUAUGCUGAUGAUGGUGAAACACUUGGUUUGGAUUCUGUUGCAUACUUGACUUAAUUUUAUUGCAAUGUGAACUAAUUGCACUGCUUUGUAGAAAAAAUAUGUAACCGUUUUGUUGCUAUUCACACCUGAUUUUUUGACAUGUGGGCAACAUAACACUAUUACAGACCUUUACAAAUCUAAAUGUAGCCUUUUCCAUAGAAAUAAAAUGCAUUUUCUACUA